CUUCAGAACGACAACAGAGCCUACCGGACAACAUCAUCGACCACGCACUCCACUCGACGCCUCAACCCAACAGGACGCGCCGACUGCACAUUCAUCUCUGGCUUGAGCAGCAAUGCGCUGCACGCGGCAGCUUUGCGACACGCGCUGGUCACUGUAGUUACAUAGCUGCUUCGCUGCUUUCUUCGCCGUCGUGAUCUACCUCACCCAGCCGUCACUGCGCUGAGUUGUGGAUACCUGCGGUCGCGAUGGCAUCGCCACCAGCGGCGUCGUCGCAGAUGCUGCAACAGCUCAAUUCUGCGCGCGAGAUCAGCCUCAAAGAUCACACGCUAUACCCCAAAGUGAUACCAGGGAUCAUUCCGAUCAUCUCGCAGAGCUCAACGCCCCUCGAGUUGCGGAGAUGGGGCGCAGACUUUCUGGCGGAGACGUUCGCGUCCCAGGCGGUAACACCGGACGAGAAACAGCAAAUGUCCUUGGGCGUGCUUGACACGCUGAAGGGCUAUCUGAACAGGAGAGAGUUAAUGGGCGAAGAUGAGGACAAGAGUGUUGUGAAGAGUGCUGUGCAAUGCGCCGCGAGCAUAUACCCGCACGUUUUCAGACACACGGUCAGCAAUACGGCCGACAGCGACACAUGGGGCAAGGUAGCCGCGAUUAAAAGCAGCAUACUGCGCAGAAUGGACACUGCGCCACCCGGAGUGCGCAUAUGUUGUAUCAAGUUUGUCGCUGCUGUGGUGCAGACCCAGACACCGGGCAUGAUAGCAGAUCCACGGCGGCCAGAAAACAAUGAGAUCAGUCUAGCAUUGGUCCCAAGAGAUCAUCCUGUGAUUCCGCCUGCCAACCUGGAAGCAGAAGCAUCGGGACUUCUGGAUAGACUUCUUGGUGUGCUCCAGGACAACUCAAGUGAUCCACUUAUCAUUACUGCCACGCUCAAUGCGCUCUCCAAUUUGGUGCAUCGACGUGCGAGCAUAUCAAGCAAGAUUCUCUCUGCGAUCCUCGCUUUCAUCCCGCCGACUCCACCAAGCGGGAGCAUCAAAGAUAAGCUCUCGUUCAAGAGCAUGACGCGAACAGCUAUGUCUUUUGUCCUCAAUUGCAUCAAGAGGAACCCAAAUGGCCCGUUCGGCCCCCGAUUACAGCAACACCAUGAACGGUUGAAACACAAUCUCAAUGCGGUGCUCUCAGAAAACCCACAACUCAAGCGAGCAGCGCCGGACGAGCCGAUAGAUGGCCUGGACGACGCUAAACGCCAAAGGCUCAACAAGGACGCCACGAAUGGAACCUCAAUAUUGCAACAACAGACACCUUCUUAUGCGGCCUUACCAGCCGGUCCCAUAUCACUAGCACAGCUGUGGACACUGACCACCAACCAGAAUGCUGCGUCGUUUCAUGUCGAAAGAGUGCCACGUGACAGCGUGAUACAACUUGUUCAGGCGCUGAUACCUUCUAUACCGGAUGAUAAGCUGUCAAUGGCCGUGAACAUCAUGCGAUCGCGUUUGCUGAGCCUGAACAAGGCUAGCGACAACGCCAAGGGACCACCAGCCGGAGCGAUUGGGGCCAGCGAUGAGCGUCCGAAAAACGAAUAUCCUUCUGGUGAAAGUGAGCAAGUGGCCAACAGACUCGAUAACGCUCCUCCGGAAGGGCCUGAUGGUGACGUGGCGAUUGGUCCCUUCAGUCUACCUGCACCUCCACCCCUAUCGAGCCAGGAGAGGGAGGAGUACUCUUCCAUGGCCGUGCAACGAGUUUUCGCAACACUAUCAGACUUGGAUAGAGAAGCUAGAACCAAGGGCAAGCCGGUCCUGUCACAAUAUGGCCUUAAUCGCCUUGCAACGACAGCAGCCAUCGGGCAUGAUCGAGAUGGAUGGAUAGUGAUGGCUACAAGGCUGGCCACUCGAGCCUCCUUCGACCUCGAGGGGGAUCAAGCUAUCGUCAAGACAGAGGACUACGAUGGCACGCUGAUCAAGAAAGGCCACAAAACUACACUAAAUUAUGCUUUGCGAGCGGCUUUGCUCACGUACGUGAUGGAGAAUUUUCGAGCCCGCAUUGAUGCAGCCAUCAUCUGGUUGAAUGAAGAGUGGUAUUCCGAGAAGCUUUUGCAGAAGCAAAGACAGGACGACGGCGAGGACGUGGAAGAUGACGACUUGCCGAAUUACUGGCAUUGGACGCUGCGUUUACUGGACAUGAUGAUGCCGUACUUCGACGUCAAAGACGGACGCGUGCUUAUUAGGCUGCUCUCCGAAGUGCCCGCCGUGAACCGAGCCAUCUUUGAUCGAGUCAAGAAGAUCGCCGAAGAUCCAGAGCGGAUCUUGAUAAGCACGAAUGCGCUGCUAUAUCUAAUCAUGUUUCGGCCGCCAGUGCGGCAGAUGGCCAUUGAUUGUGCCGAGGAAAUGUACAGGGAGAAUAGCGACGCGAGAUCAGCGGCGAAGAAACUUCUUGCAAAAUGGAGGCCAGGCGUGGUGGAACAGGCAGGCGCUGCUGAAGCGUGAGGAGGAAGGAAUCUAUGAGGCAGCAUCCGGAUGAUCAUGAUUGCGAGAACAGCAUGCUCGCAGCUUUGUGUAUCAGCGAUUAUUUAGAGAGUGCUGCGUGUGGACAAGCUCUACUAGUAGUGACUAGUGAACCAAUGUUGCAGCCACACGCUAUUGAUCACCGCGUGCAGAGC